AUGACACACUGGGCAUUCAACCUGCGCUCGAGUGACUCAGACAUGGAAGACGAAGAUGAGGCUAUUUCCUUUACCCACGAUACCCAUCGCCAACCAAAUGAUAAUGAAAACACGCGACAGAAAGAAAUUGACAAAGCACUAGAAGAACUAUUUGGUACGGCUAACGAGGAUGAGGGCGUGGAGUACAAGCCUAACCCUUGGAGCAUUGCCAAGAUCAAUGCGAAUGCUCGAAAAAUUCCACCGCGCACAACACCACAGACAAAAACAUUUCCCAAGGCGGCCAGUAAACCCAGCUGGGGACCAUAUGUGCUCGGGCUACCCCACAACGAGCAUAGGGGUAUAUCCGGAGACACUGGUAUUCAAGCCAAGUCCAAUUUUGGUCCGCCACCUCUUGCCAGAAGGAGGGCUUUGCGCGACUCCAUAUCAGAGGCACUGCGUCGAGAUAAAUCUGCUACUGUUGGGUCUACCAACCAGGAGAAGCAAUCCCUGAAGCAUGAUACAGUAGGAAGAGGGCCUAACAAUCGGCCAUGCUUGUUAACCGUAGAAAAUACUACAUCUACGGACUCAGGCCAGCUCUUAAAUAACCCUAUUACAUCCCAGUGUGACUCACUUAGGAAACCCUCGUCAAAAAUACACGAUGCCUACAACCCCAGCGCAUACAUUCGGAACAAAUACGUCACCAUACCUGGGUUCGAUACAAAAAGAACCACCAAUCAUCCAGAUGUACCUGCUGGAAUCAUCUCUGGUGAUGAAUGGCUUCUUGAUGAACAACCGACUUCCAACUCGGGAAUGGAAAACCAGACCGCGUAUAAUGGAGGCGACCUGGGAUCGCCACCCUGCCAAGUGUAUAAUACAACGUCCAAGGAUGGAUUUCCUUGCAAUCCGCUAUUACUUUCUCCCAGUUCGCAUCGAAACGACGCACCCGUGAACCGUACUAUAGAUUAUCCUUGGGAGGUCUCUCCGAAGCUUGGACAUGAGUGGAUACCUCAGGAUCGGAUACGUUUGGCAUCUUCCUAUUGUAAUGGCCAUCCUAAGUCCAGGCUAGAGCCUUCCCUCUCCGUACAGUCAAUUGCGAGGUCCGCAACCCCAAAACUUCUGAUACCACCCGUAGCGUCUAUACAUGCAGAAUAUAACAGCCAUAACAACGAUUGCAGAGGGCUACCUGUGAUUGCCCGAACUCCUCGCUCUCCGACCAGAAAAGAAACAAAGUCAUACACUCACCCAGAUACCACACAAUCUCAUCCACCACACACUCCCGAACGUCCACCUCGCCCAAUCCAAGGGAUACAUUUAAUUACACCUUCGCCAAAAAAGCGCAUGGAUCGGUUUGACCCAGACGACAAACCAUUCUGGUCCACACUUCCUACGCCCCCAAAUUCAAACCCCAAACCUCCCACAAACGGCAUCAAAACGUCUCGAUUUAGGCUCCCGGGACCAUUCUUGGGAGCCAGUCCACUGAGCGGGAGCAGUGGGAGGGUGCUUUAUAAGCCUCCACCACGGAAGAGAACGCGGUCGCCAGACGGUGAAGAUCAAACCAGAAAGUGGAGAGUGGCGCGGGCCGGAUAA